AUGGGGGCAGUUUGCUCUCUCUUGAGGCGUCACGGAUCUAAUGCAAGAGGGACGGGCGAUGACCCAAAUGGUGAAGAUGAUUUGAUUGCUAGAAUGAAAGCUGCUGAAAAAUCUUUGGCAGCGAAGAAAAAGGAAGAACCAUCGUUUGAGCUAUCAGGGAAACUUCCGGAAGAAACCAACAGAUACAGAGGUGACGUUUUCAUCCUGAUGAGAGAAGAUGAGGCAUCUCUGGAAAGUCUUGGAUGCCCAAUGCAUGUUGCCAAGUCUGUCAGCCAGCACGCAAGGUUAGGAUCUAUAUUGGUUAGGGGUGGUUCUCGAAUAAGAGCACAGGAGGAUUCUUUGAAUAAUUCAAUAGGCAUGGUUGUUGGAACUCGUGGUAGGAUUCUUCAGCAUAGCGAAGAAGGAAACAUGGUCUAUGGAGAUAUCGCUUAUUUGGUGCUAUAUGAGGCAGACACUAUGUUUGAUCGUGGUUUUGGUCCUGACAUUCGCAAGUUCCUUGCUCCACUGAAACAUUGUGCUUUGAAAACAAAUGACUAG